AUGGAAUGUUUCGAACAUUUGAAGCUCAUCCUAGUUCCGGAUCGUGGCUCGAAAGGCUGCGCGAUUCGUCUCACGACCACCUCGGCUCGUCUCUCUAAAUUCUUUCACGCUUUCGAAACUGGGAAUCCGGUUCCUGUACGGUUCAGGCAUUGGACGGGAACCCCAGGGAACUCGAGGAGUGUCGCAAGAGGAACAGGGGCAAAUGGUUGUGGUCAAUUCUACAAGAAACUCUACGCCAGGAAGCAGUGCUACAUGAACGACAUGGAGUGCUGGUGCGUCAAUCCGAAAACCGGCUUGAUGAUAGAGGGCACAAAGAUAGGAGACUUCGAGAGUGACUUCCUCGACUGUAAUCCCACGAAACCGGAGCUCUGAAUCGAUGUUCC